UCGGACUUUGGAAGCCAGUGCAUUUGAGUCCAUCCACUUUUACACAUAUAGAAAUAUGAUCAGUAGUUUGUUUAUCCUAGAUACAAGUGGGAAGGUUAUCAUUGAAAAGCACUGGCGCCAUGUGAUAGGGCGUGCUGUCGACGAUUUCCUCAAAAUAUCUCAAGCAUCCUCUAGCCCGUACGAGGUUCCGCCAGUGGUGGCGUGUGAAGAGCUUUAUCUUCAUCAUGUCUAUCGCAGUGGCUUGGUCUUCCUUGCUGUAACUGAAGAAGAAGUGUCGCCACUGAGUGUAUUGCAUUUCUUGCAUCGGACGGUGGAUCUCUUAGUCGACUACUUUGGCCCAGUAACAGAGCUCAUUAUAAAGGAGAAUUUUGUGAUUGUGUAUGAGUUGCUGGAAGAGCUACUUGAUUACGGCUUUCCCUAUAUUACGGAACCCAACAUUUUGAAAGAUGUCGUGCCACCUCCAUCCCUUUUAUCAACCGUAAUGAACGCCGUUUCUCUUGGCACAAAUUUUGGAACAAAACAACCAAGCGGGAGUUUAUCCAGUGUUCCUUGGCGAUCGACCGGUAUCAAAUAUACGAACAACGAAAUAUUUUUUGACAUUGUCGAAACUGUGGACGCCAUUCUAGACAGGAAUAAUAACAUAAUCACUGCGGAAGCACAUGGGGAAGUCCUUUGCAAUACCAGAUUGUCAGGGAUGCCAGACCUGAUUCUGACAUUUAUGAACCACCGUGUUCUGGAGGACAACAUGACGAGUUUUCAUCCAUGUGUGAGAUAUCAUCGGUUUGAAAAGGAUCGAGUCCUGUCAUUUGUCCCACCAGAUGGACAAUUCAAGCUCAUGGAUUACAACGUGAACAUGAGCUCACCGCAGACUUUGCCUCUUCUAGUUAAACCCUCAAUCCAUUUUUCGAAAACUACAGGCAAGCUUGACAUAUCCGUCCAGCCACGAUCCACCGGAGGGAAAAUAGUGGAAAAUGCUGCACUCUCCAUCACACUUCCGAAGGCUGUAGCCUCCGUAAAGCUGAAUGCAAACGUGGGACAAUGUACAUUUGACCAAAUGACGAAGGAACUGCGAUGGACCAUUGGCAAAAUAUCAACCGAUUUCAAUGUCAGCGGAGUGCCGCUUCUCACGGGUAAUUUGUACAUGGAGAGCGGAGCCGUUCCAAUUCAAAUGGCCCGUACUGUCUACAUCGACUUUAAGAUCAACAUGUACACAGCAUCAGGUCUCCGCAUUGACACAUUGCAAGUUCACCACGAGCCAUAUAAACCUUUCAAGGGCGUAAGGACUGUAACACGGGCGGGAAGAUAUCAGAUCAGAAUAUAGUGCUGAUGCAGAAAUCAUGACACCUGCGCAGACUCUUUUGAAGAGUAAUCUAUCGCCUGGAACAGCUCCAGGAUCCAAAAGCAUAAUGCGGUCAGUGAAUCCUCACGGUACAACUAGUAUCGAAUAUAUGAUGGGACAGAUAACGGGUACACAGCAGAAACACAGCAGCGCAUGCGUUAAACCAGGUUUGAGGGCAUGGCCAUACCGCCGUAGCAAUUGCUAUGAAAUAGUGCAUUCAAUGAAUG